GUCUGUGCACAUACUGGUGUGGAAUGGUGACCACAAAAAAAACCCGAAAUCUACUGGAUUCUUUCUCACCGACUUUAGGUUUCGAUCAUCAAGACCUGAAGGAUAAUGUGGGGAAUUUUCUAUUGAAAAGGCGCUGCAUAGAGCGACUGCGUAUUGAAGUUGACCCGAUGUUACAAUCGAAAGAAGUUCCUGACAAUGAAAGAUCGAGGACAGACUUUUGGAUGCGCGAUCCGUGUUUUGUCAGUGGAUGGUCACGUCACCUUGGGGCCAAGCUUCAGCAUUUCUGUAUGGUGGACUAUGGGAAGCAGGCCGUACUGCGCAAAUCUAGCAUCCUCCAGAUUUUGUCACAAAACUGCAAAUUGCUGAAGACAGUGGAUCUACUGAACAUGUAUAUUGAUACAAGUGGAUGUGAAACAAUGAGCUCCUUGGUGAGCAUGACAUUACACUGUGUUGAAGUACCUGGUGGAGCUUUAGACUACAUGAACACUUUUAUGCCAAAGCUACAGACAAUGGUGCUGUAUGGGGUAGUUGGUGUGGAGAGAGGACAUCUGACUUUCUCGGAGAUGAAAUUUCUUAGCCUUGGUCUUUCAAAUCCAGCGGAAGCAGUCUUCAUAAAUCUUCCUAAGCUUGAGAAGCUGCAACUAAAGAUGAAAUGUCCGAGGGAGCUUGAAAUCGUGGCACCUCGACUGAAACCCUAUUCUUUCAAUCUGGAGGUGCCGGAGCAAUCAAAAGUGCAUAUACGGUACUAGCACCAUCCAAGGUUGAAGAGUUUAGGAUUUAGGGUUUAAGAUCUGGUGCAGGAUGGGAUGAGCAUAUAUAGCUUAAGAUUUGUCUAUUAUUGUGCCCUCAAUAGUCUGUAUUUCCCAACAGUCUCCUACCACUUUUGUGACCGAAAGUAAUGGUUCAGGUUGUGAAAUAAGACAAUGAAGGACUCGUUGUGCUGAGUACAAGUCUUGUAAUACAAUCUGAGAACUGGAGAAUGCAAUUUAGCAUUUGGAUUGCACAAUA